AUGGACUCGGGAAAAAAGCCCAAAAAGAAGCGCUCUCGAGCUGCAUUCUCUCAUGCACAAGUGUACGAGUUGGAAAAACGCUUCACUCAUCAAAAGUACCUAAGUGGUCCAGAGCGAGCAGAUCUAGCUCAAGCUUUAAAACUUACCGAAACACAAGUAAAAAUUUGGUUUCAGAAUCGUCGCUACAAAACCAAAAGAAAACAACAACAGCAGUUAAUGUCGCCUAGUGACCAAACUAGGGACGAUGAAAUUGUCUUGGCUAUGCACAGCAAUGGCCAAGAGCAGUCGGUGAGCAGUGAGCAAGCUUGUCUUCGGUUGGACAGUCUGCAAGACACGCUCAGCGAAGCAAGUGACAACUUUGUAGACAUUGAAACCAACGAAGAGAGUCGGCAUGACCGAAAGACACCCCUCACAGAGCUGGAUGGAGAAAACAUGGAAGCUUCUUAUGCUUUCUGCAAGAAUCCAUUUUCACAGUGGUUUCUGUAG